AUGAGCGUUCAGCAAUCGGCAUACACGGCAAGCGGAGAUCAACACAACAACACAACGAUGAUGAGCUGCUCCACCGAGGAAGAACGUGCUUGCUUUGAGGACUUUACAGAAACAUAUCUGCCGCCGCCAUCUCCUGGCUGUGAGCAACGAAUAGCUGACACCGUUAAUGAGGUUGCCAACGGUAAAUCUGGUGCAAUAGUGAUUAAAAACCCACGUAGAAAGGGCAAAAGAUCUAGUAGGAGACGUCCAUCGCCUUUGAAUUUCACACGCGCCAGUCUAGUGCCAAACAUGUUUAUGGGUCCUUUCUGCGCAAAGAUGAAUACGUUAUCUGUGCAAGAAAGAGAGGAGCUGGAAAGGCCUUAUAUUGCAAAUUUGCAUGAAACUGUGAGACGCCACAAGUUGCUACGCGAAAGAAGCACUGAUGAGACCAUGGCUAGCACUACUGUGCUGCACACACAGCUUCAAGCUGAGGCUCCGAACGAGAAGAGAAAGCGGGGACGCAAGCCGAAAUCCAUUGAUCAAGCUCGCACUACUACGCUGAACGCACAUCUUCAAGCUGAAGCUCCGAAGGAAAAGAGAAAGCGGGGACGCAGGCCGAAAUCUGUUAAUCAGGUGGAUGACUAUUGGGCUAGCACUACUGUGCUGCACGCACAACAUCAAGCUGAAGCUCCGAAGGAAAAGAGAAAGCGGGGACGCAAGCCGAAAUCCAUUGAUCAAGUUAGAAAGGGCGUACCAUACGCAGAACUUCAAGGUGAAGCUCUGAAGGAAAAGAAAAAUAGGGGUCGCGAACCAAAACCGAGAAAAGAAUCUUCACGAUGGAUGAGGAGGACAACUUCUAUCGCAAUGACUCGCGGUGGCCUACCGUAUGUAGAGCCAGUGCUACGACAAGGACACUGGUUGAGGCGUGGGCAGUUGAGCAAGCAAGAUUUCGACAGGGAUUUUGCUGUACGGCCCACAUCCAAACCGUAUCGAGUGUCAUAG